CUCAGAUGAGUUGGUCGGAACAGGUUUAGUAUCAAAUCACUCAUCUAGUGAGGAUCAAGGGACACCUGCAAUACCUUAUUCUGUGCAGUGUGUGGAGAUCAUUUACCCAGACUGAGGCUUCCAGAGCAGGAAAGGAUCCAAGGCCCUGUAAGAGCUGGUCCUGGGGCUUGAAUCCCCUGUGUCCACCAGAGCAUGACCACACUCCUGCGGCUGCUGCUGGGCCUCAGCCUGGGCUGCACAGGAGCAGGUGGCUUUGUGGCUCAUGUGGAAAGCACCUGUCUCUUGGAUGAUGACCGGACUCCAAAGGAAUUCACAUAUUGUGUUUCCUUCAACAAAGACCUAUUAGCCUGCUGGAAUCCAGAGGUGGGAAAAAUAGCCCCUUGUGAAUUUGGAACACUGAAUUUCUUGGCCCAAGACAUCUCAGAAUACCUCAACCGAAAUGAUAACCUCCUCCAGCGCUUGCGUAACGGACUCCAGGAUUGUGACACACACACCCAGCCCUUCUGGAAAUCACUGACCAACAGAACACGACCGCCAACGGUGCAAGUAGCCCAAACCACUCCUUUUAACACAAGGGAGCCUGUGAUGCUGGCCUGCUACGUGUGGGGCUUCUAUCCGGCUGAGGUGACCAUCACGUGGAUGAAGAAUGGGCAGUUUAUCAACCCUAACAACAGUGCUCAGAAGACUGCCCAGCCCAAUGGAGACUGGACUUAUCAGACCGUUUCCCAUUUAGCCUUAACACCCUCUUAUGGGGAUACCUAUACCUGUGUGGUGGAGCACUUUGGGACUAUUGGGCCAAUCCUUCAGGACUGGACACCUGGGCUGUCCCCUAUACAGAUUGUGAAGGUUUCUGUGUCUGCAGUGACUCUGGGCCUGGGCUUCAUCAUCUUCUCUCUUGGUUUGAUCAGCUGGCGGAAGUCUGGCUCCUCUAGCUACAUUCCCCUUCCUGGAUCCAAUUAUCCAGAAGGACGGCACAUUUCCUAGGGACAGACUCCUACAACUUCCACUCUGAGGAGAUUCAAAUUCUUAAUGAUGCUACCAUACCCCCCAAUAUCUUUAAAUCCCCCUACUUUCUUUUGGAUCCUAAGUUUUUUUCCACUUAAUUCUUUGAAUUUCCCAGUCCCCCCAUGUAAACCUUAGCUUGUUCUGGGGAAUAUUCUGUAAUUAAAUUAUUAUCCAAGCCUAUAUUUCUGGGGUAAGUAUAAUCCAGGGGAGGGGAUUAAAGGUCCUCCUGAGGGCCCCAUUGUGCCAAAGAGGUCACUGAGUUGCUGGUGGUCAUCUCUGACAAAUAAAUCCUGAUGGAAAUA